AUGAUGCUGCCGUCGUUCCACUCGCUGCGGCACAUCAACCUCGGCUCCCUCAUCCUCAGCUUCGCCUACACCAUCCUCGUCUCGGCUGCCUGCAUCCGAGCAGGCGUGUCGAGCAACCCUCCAGCGAAGGAUUACUCGCUGAGCUCGUCCAAGUCGGAGAAGACCUUCAACGCAUUCCUCUCCAUCUCCAUCCUCGCCUCGGUCUUCGGCAACGGCAUCCUGCCAGAAAUCCAGGCCACGCUGGCGCCGCCGGCCGCCGGGAAGAUGACCAAGGCCCUGGUGCUGUGCUACGCGGUGGUGUUCUUCACCUUCUACCUCCCGGCCAUCAUCGGCUACUGGGCGUUCGGCAACCAGGUGCAGUCCAACGUGCUGCAGAGCCUGAUGCCGGACGAGGGCCCGUCCCUGGCGCCGACGUGGCUGCUGGGCCUCGCCGUCGUCCUCGUCCUCCUCCAGCUCCUCGCCAUCGCGCUGGUGUACUCGCAGGUGGCGUACGAGAUCAUGGAGAAGAACUCGGCGGACGUAGCGCACGGCAGGUUCUCGCGGCGGAACCUGGCGCCCCGGGUCGCGCUCCGGACGGCGUACGUCGCGGCGUGCGCGCUCGUGGCCGCCGCGCUGCCCUUCUUCGGCGACAUCGUCGGCGUGGUGGGCGCCGUGGGAUUCAUCCCGCUCGACUUCAUCCUCCCCGUCGUCAUGUACAACAUGGCGCUGGCGCCGCCCAGGCGCUCGCCCGUGUACCUGGCCAACGUCGCCAUCAUGGUCGUCUUCACCGGCGUCGGCGUCAUCGGCGCCGUGGCGUCCGUGCGGAAGCUUGCGCUCGAUGCUGGCAAGUUCAAGCUCUUCAGUGACAACGUCGUGGACUGA